GUUUCAUCUGCGCUUUCGGCCCAGUUGCACGCGUCUUCGUUUCAAGUUCGUGUUCAAGUUAUAUCGUUUGGUAUUAACAUUAACGCUCACGCACGUUCUGCGGUCCAAACUCGUUUUAAAUCUGUGUUGUGUGUACUACAUAUCCAAUACUAUUAUUUAUUUUGUAUAUCUUUGCAAAGCAAUUUGAAGGCAGCGGCUUCACAUAAUAACGUUUAUUAACAAAAGAAUAUAGAAAAAAAACAAUAACAAAAUGAGAGUACCCACGAUGCUAUCGGAAAUAUCCGAGCUACCCUCGCUGCAAUUGGGCGACUAUACGCUACAAUUCGAAUUGGGCGAACCUACAGCUGCUACCAAGGAGGUGGCCGCCAAGGAGCUCCGCGAGUCCCCGGAACGUCAGAAGCAGGCCGUGGAAGAGCUGAAAAAGCUCCUAGAACAGGAAACCGAUUUGUCUUGCCCCAAGGAUAAUGAGCUGUGGCUUAUACGUUUCUUGCGUCCCUGCAAGUAUUAUCCAGAGAGCGCCAGAGAUUUGAUCAAGCGCUACUACUCCUUCAAGGUGAAGCAUGCCGAUGUGUAUGAUAAUUUGAAGCCCACACGUGAGACCAACAUCUUUAGUCACAACAUACUGACCGUGUUUCCCAAUCGUGAUCAGGCCGGUCGUCGCAUUUUGCUGCUCGAGCUGGGCAAGCGCUGGAAACACAAGCAAGUCACGCUCGAUGAGGUCUUCAAGGGCGCUGUCAUCUUCUUGGAGGCAGCCAUGCUCGAACCAGAGACACAAAUCAAUGGCGCUGUCGUCAUAUUCGACAUGGAUGGCCUCAGCUUGCAACAGACUUGGCAAUUCACGCCUCCAUUUGCCAAGCGCAUUGUGGACUGGCUGCAAGAUUCGGUACCGUUGCGCAUAAAAGCCAUACACAUCGUCAAUCAGCCGAAGAUCUUCAAUGUGGUGUUUGCGCUCUUUAAGCCGUUCCUGCGUGAAAAGCUGCGCAGUCGCAUCAUCUUCCAUGGCACGGAUCGCGACUCCCUGCACAAAUACAUGUCGCCCAAGUGCCUGCCGGCAUGCUAUGGCGGCAUUCUCGAGCUGCCCCGCAUCGAUGGCGAUCAAUGGUACCAGCUGCUCCUCAAGUGCGAUGCCGAGUAUGACGCCAUCAACUCGUUUGGCUACAAGAAGAAGUGAACAGUGAGUGGUGGACGUGGAUGUGGAUGUGGACGUGGAAGUGGGAGGGUAAUUGAUGUACAGCCAUGCAUAUAAGCAAGUGAUAUUAUUACUUAUAUACAUAUACUUAAGUGCAUAUCUCUUGUUUCAAUAGCUUUUUAACUCACCUUAUACUGUAUGAUAUGUGCUUAGAAUGUAGUUUAUCAAUUUGUUAUACGCUUGCCCGUUCAACGGCUGCGGAACUGUUCCAUUUAUUGUCGCAGUCCGUUGGAUCAUUUUUAUUAAGCAUAGCGCCUAAAAGUUUGCCCUAGUUUUAGCUGAUCUUCUCGCACAUGCGUCUCAUUGGGUUUAGCAUACAUAUACAUACAGUUAACUGUUAUAUUUUUGUAUAAAAUAUACUAUUGAAUAUGCAUACAUACAA